AUGGCGACAACCGACGACGAAUAUGCCAAAAAAUUGGCGAACCUCCAGCAAUAUAUACCAUUCCUCGAAAAUAUGAUCGCUCAACUCAAGGAUCCAACUAGAAAGAAUAGAGAACAGCAGCUGGCUAAAAUGGAAUCUCUGUAUGCAUUCAUCACUGACCGGAAGAAAAAAUUGAAACUAGAAACGUUGAACAAAUGCGAGGAGGUUAUAUCAAAGUUAUACGGGAAAGUGCGACCCAAAGUACCUUUACCAACAACAACAAAUAUUCCUGAUAAUCCAGAAAGUCUCAGUAUGAUGAUGACUCCCGCUAGCCCCAGUCCACCAAGGGAAAAUUUUGAUGUUCAACCACUCACUAUCCCGACAGAAAGGGUUGAGGUGCCAAAAGUAGACAUAUAUGCCAGCGCUGCAGAAAGUUUAAAAAGGAGCAAGCCUCGUGAGGAAAGGCACUCCUUCUCAGGUGGCAUACCUGACAUGUCCAAACCACCAAUAAGCUUAGAUGAUCUAAAGACUCUUGAAGAAGAUGUUCAGGAAAAGAUAAACGAGAACGCAACUAUAGCUGAACUGACCAAUAUUAGAAACAAACUCGCUCACCAACUUAUUAUGGAAGACUUCAAAUCUGUAGCUGACAGGGGAAGUCAACAACAGACUGAUAUCGAUAUAAAUACUACAGUUAGGAAUAACCUUAGUUUAAGUAAAAAGCAUAUUGAUGCCCCAAAAAAGGAUGAUAAUCCGACUAAGCAUCCCGUCGAAGAAAAACAACUAUCUACUGAUGUGAAAACUUGUACAGAACCUGCUAAGACUGCCAUACCUAGUACUUCUAAACCUGUCAAAAUAGUCAGCGCUUCAGAUAGUAUUUUUGGUAUCGUCCUAUCUCAUAUAGACGAUGAAAUCUUAGGCGCUAAAAAGAAAAGAGAUGAAAGGCGAAACUCGUUGACUGGAAAAGAAAAAGAAAGUGAUCAAAAGGAGACAAGUCAUAAGGUAAAAGAAGGUAGCCAAAAGGAAAAGGAGGAUAGAAAGUCUAGUAGAAAUGACACGAAAAGGGAAGAUUCUCCUGGCAAAAAGUACAGAGACAAAAAAAGAGAAGAUCCCGUGGAUAAGAAAGAGACAGAAAAAAGGAGGGACGACUAUAAUAAUAAAGAUAAAUCUAGACAUAGAGAUGACAAAGUGAGGGACAGAGACCCUAGAAAAAGAAGAGAUCAUUAUGAUAGGAAAGAUAAAAAAGAGUUUCAAGAUAAAGAUGAUAAGAAGAAAGAACACUGUGAAAAAGACAAAAAGAAUGAUACAUCAUAUGAAAAGGAUAAAAGAAAUGAUCAGAAAAAAGAGCCUGAUGAUAAAAAUAAGCAACGUGAUGCAAUUAAGGAUAAGCGCGAUAGUAUAACUGGUGUUUCAGAUAUACCAUUACCAGUGGAUGAGCUGAGUAAGAUACUUGUUAAAAAAAUCGAAGAUCUAAAACCUAAAACGGAGGAAAAUAUGGAACUCAAGAUCGAACCAUCACUACCAAAAUUAGAACAACCUCCGUUAAAGUGUGAACCACCCAGUACUUAUAAACGUCUUGCAGACAAGUUUAAUCCUAAACCUAGGAGGCCAACCAUGGAAGCAGAAGUUGACAGAUCCGUAGCGAAUAGUAUAGAAGAAAACAUGAAGAGUGCUAUUCCGCCUAAGCUAGUAAUGCCAUCAGUACCUUUGCCUGUUCCCCCGCCAGAAAGUUUGCUUGCCUGUUCUCAGAUGGAUCCAGUAUUACCUGAAAGACCACAUAUUCCAUCACCUGUUAAAAAUAUCCUGGAUGACAACACUACAUCCUUUAUACAGACUGUGAUCAACCAGAUGAGGACUCCAGAUAUGGAAAUACCACCAAGCCCUAUGCCCUUCUCUUCACCUGACAGUUUUGUUUCGGAGUACGUUAGAGAAGACUUCUGUAACAAUCGAGGAUUGAGACAGCAUUUCGGGUCACCUCAAGAGCAUUUCCAGCCCAAUCAACCACAUCACAUGCCAAGUCAAAUGCUAAACCACCCGCCAAAUGCUUUAACACGUCCAGCUCCGAACCACCUGCCAAUGCAGGCUCCCAGUCCUUUUCUGUUGAACCAGCAAAAAAAUAUAUUUCCCGCACCUCAUAAUCAAAAUUUCAUGAGGGAGCCGGAAUUUUGUCCUCCAAGCCCUCAUCCCAACUUUGGUGGACCUCAAAUGAUGAGACCUGACGGACCCCACUGUCAGAAUGAUCAGUUUGGGAUGGGUCUAAACCAUAAUGAUUUGCGAUGGAAACUAGACGAAAACAGGACUGCUUGGGACAGAAAUAAUUUUCCACCACCAUAUAGAGGUCCUGCUACUUAUAGAGAAUACAAGCAGAUGAAGGAAAGUCAACAGAGAAUUGAUCCAAGAGAACCGAUAGAUAGAGAUGUAAGGGAUCCCAGAGAUAAUAGAGAUCCUUGGGAAAUAAGGGAUCCCAGAGAUAAUAGAGAUCCUAGGGAAAUGAGGGAUCCUAGAGAAAUGAGAGAUCCUAGAGAAAGAAGGGAUCCUAGAGAACCUCGACAAGUGGCACCUGGUGAUGGAAGGAGUCCGAGAGAUCCUAGGAUGGCCAGAGAAAGUAGAGACCCUAGAGCAAGAGGACCAUCAGAUAGGGAUCCAAGAGAGCACACAAGAGACCCGCGGUUGAACAGAGAGCGUGGGAGGUCUAGAGAAAGGGACACUAGAGACCCUAGGUUGAAGCGAGAGCCGUCUCCAGAUAUGCGCAACCGAUUCGAUAGAAUGUACACUGAAAGCUCUCGAAGCAGGUCUAGGUCUCGACACAGAUUCGAGAAAGAAACAGACACAUUUACAUCUCCUUUAGAUGACCCCUCGUUGUAUGCUAGUAAGGAAAGUAAGACUGGAAGAGGAUACGGAGUUCAAAACUUCCGUAUUCCCAAAGUCAAAAAAGAAGAAAUUGUUACCAUCGAGGAUGCGGUUCCAGAAAAAACGGAAAUCGCCGAGCGGAAGCGAAAAAGACCUCCCACACCUGUACCCUCUCCUGUUCCUAUGGAUCUGGAUGGUGAUAGUUCCUAUAAUCAAGAAGUUACAGAAAGUAAAGUUCAUAAGGAACAAGCAGAAGUAGAGGCUGACACGACUGUUAAGCCUAAGGACAAAUCUACUGAGAAACAACUAAGCAAUAAUGCCGAAGAAGCAUCUGAAGAGGCUCCUAUGCCAGAUACUACUGUGGAUUUAGAUAAGCCUAAAGCUGAUUCAGAUGAACCUGAAGAAUCUAGAGAAACAAAUGAACCCAAAGAAACUACUCAUGAGGAAGUAAAACAAGCUCAACCUGAUACCAGUAAAGCUCCUGCAGAGCAAACGAUAUUGGCACAAUUUUUCGCGAAUUUAUUGACUAGCCAAAAUAAAAAAGAUAAAAAGACUGCCUUGUACUCUUUAAUCAGUACUUUUUCUGACAGCUUCAGUCCUAAAGAACUAUCAAAAAUAACGAAGAUAAUCAAACACGAUGACGAAGAAGGAAGUAGUUCAGAAGAAGAAGGUGUAUCUAAAAACGAUGUCAAACAACCUGUUGAAGCAGAACAAUCUGAAAAAUCUGAGCCAGCAGAAGCAGAAAAUACAAAGACGCCUAUUGCAGGCGAACAGAAAACAAAAGACGAGGUUAAAGAAGAGAAAUCCGCUAGGCUGAGAACAAGGCGGAGAGUUCGACGCCUGUCCUCUGACUCUUCACCUGCAAAAAGUCCAGAGAAACAUUCGGAAACAAAAGCUAAUGAAACCACCAAGGAAAAUGUUUCACAAGAAGAAGCGCCCAAAGAAGUUGAUCACAACGAAUGUGAGGAAACCAGAGAGACAGUAAUUUCGGACGUGGUAGUAUCUGUAGGAGAAAGGAUAAAAUCCAGAAAACGCACACCACCGAAGCGGAGGCUGCGUAACGAACUCGAUAAGUUACAUGAGGACAUUCAGGACAUGUUUAUUAGAGACGGAGUUCUAACUGCUACCGGAAAAAGGAUGUGUCGCAUCUUAAAACAUGACCCUAAUAUGUUGGGUCCAAGUACUGAACCCAAUAUACUACCUUCUGUACCCGAGGAACCAACUAAAAUUCGGAGGAAACCUGGUCCCAAAUCUAAAACAAAACCACCGGCUGAUACUGAAGCUAAAUCCGUUCAAAUGCAAAAUGUGCGCGUGUUGCUACCGAAACUACCCGACGCAACAACGGAUGAACAAAGGCCUUCAAGAAGAACCACAAGAAGUAUGGCUGCCACAGAUAACGCAGAUGAAAGCUCAGAGGAAGAAACUCCUGCUGACGGAAAUGAAUCAACGUCUCAAGAGGAGUCUGGAGGCAGUGAUGCUGAAAAGGACAAAAAAGUCGGUAAACCUAAGACGAAGAAGAAAAGACGCAAUAUUUGGGCUAGUGGGAUUGUACGAAAGUCAAAGAGCAAAGGUAAGAAGGAUCAGCCAACCGCUGAUGCAGAGCCUGAGUCUGAGAAGACUAAAGAACAAAGAGAAGAUAUCUCUCAUAACACCACUGAAGUCGAUGAGAAGGAAAUACCGGAUAAAGACAAGUUUGUCGAUUUCGGACACGUCAAGGCAUACCAUUGCGUACUUUGUAACUAUAGCGGGAAAUUCAUCACUACACAUUAUAAGACAUUGCAUCCGGAAUCUGAAGUACUGUGUGCACGACUCAAACCGGAAGUUGCGAUUGCCGCUAUUGAGGAUUCUAAGAAGAAUCUAGCUAAGUAUGAAGCAUCCUGUCAUUAUGUUGCGAGUCAUAAACUCAGUUGGACGUGCCGUGUUUGCGACUUUUCAACACAUAUCGCACCUACCCUCUUCUUUGAUCACUUGACCACUCACACUGGAGAAUACAGACACUGCUGUCCUCAUUGCAUUGCGACUUUUUGUUCUGGAAAGUCAUUGAAGUUCCAUAUGAACACGAUACACAAGGAUGAUCCAGAGAAACCUGUACGCCGUAAAGCUUACCAUACCAGCGUAAUGUUUGGCUACCUCUGUUCAGAAUGUAACUAUAUACAAAUGCAUAAGGAACACGUUGAGGAGCAUAUCAGUAGAUGGCACUCGAAGAUGACUAAAAUAUACAAGGUAAAUAUGUCCACCAAAAAUGACGACGUUGUAGAAGGUUCCGCAGAAUCUCAAGUCGAGGAGCAAGCAAAUGAGGACACUGAAAGAAAAGUUGAUACUCCUCCUCCUUGUUUGUCUCCACAAUCUCCAUUGGAAGAGGUGGAAGAGAAACCAAUUAUCGUGAUAAGGAAGAAACCUGGUCCAAAGUCAAAAACAUGCCCUGAAGCCAUAGAAGCUCAAAAGGAUAAUCAAUCAAAAUCACUGCAAGCUGAGACAUCGCCGGCUCCAACGCGAAAAAAACCAGGCCCCAAAGUUGGCAGUAAGAGAAAGAGAAAAGUAAAUACGGAGCUGGGUAUGCUCAUACAAGAUAGUGAGAAAGAUGGCGUAAGUAUCGAGGAUGUACUAGAUUUUGGUCGAACUAAGAGAGCUGCUAAAGAAAAAGCUACUGAGAAGAUGAAGAAUAUCAUCGAUACAGAAAAUCCUAUGAAACGCAAAUCAGUUUCAAAUGAUACUCCAAUGAAGAAUGAUCAUUCUCAUAACCCCGAUGCAGAACUAACAAAGAUAGUUCAAGAAAAAACUGGAUCGACUGAGGUUAAGCAGCUGCAACCGACCAUAAUUAAAAAAGAACCAGAACAAAAUGCUGAAGAAAAAUACGAUCAAGAUAAAACCGAAGAAGAAAUACCUGAAACCAAGCUUGAGGAAACUCAAACAGAAAAACCUUCAGAAGUGGACUUGAACGUGUUUACUUGCAAAACAGACUUGAUGGAAGAAAAUCGACAGAUCGAAGAAGAGCGCCUGCGUCAAAUGGAGGAGUUAAACAACUCUGUCAAGGGUAAUAGGACAUCCUUGAAUUUUAUUGAUAAACUUUGUACAAGGUUAAGUAACAAGGAUGAUAUUAUAGUAAAGCAGGAACCUAAGGACAAUUUCCCAAAUACAAUAUUUUCGGCAGAACCUGUGGGUACUGUAACUGAACCACAUCGGGAAUCUCCUGUACCACCCCCUGGUAAAAAACCAAUGCUCGAUGAAUCCGAUAUCAGCCUGCCCGCUUCAAACUUUGACGUCACAGAAAAGAACGACAAUGUCAUCAGUAACAUGAUAAAAAAACUGAAAGGUAUGCUAGCUCCAGUCGAAGGUAUGGAUUACGAUAAAGUUACAGAAGAUGAAGAUAACAGCAACGAUCCUUUCGGUGGUAUGAGAGCUGAAAGUAGCGCAGUGAUCGGAGGCCUUGUGAAAAUAACUAAAUUCACCGACACCAUCAAGUACCAUUGCUUGGUACCGAAUUGCUCAUACAUUACUGAAAACGCAGAUGCGUACCAGUGGCACUGUAAAACAUUCCAUGGUUCUGAACUGCAAGCGAGUAGUACCAUAUGCGAGACCUGUGGUAUGGAAGUUAAACCGACCGAAGAAUCGAAUUUGUUGGAGAAUUUAUUGAAACACAGCAUAGCUGAACAUGUGGAGUUCUUGAAGCCUCAAUCUUCGGAUCCCGAACAGGAGAGACCGAAGAACGUUUUGAGAAUCAGGAGGUUGAGUGGCGAUGCGUUAUCGCUCAAAACUGAUACUGAGGAAAAGGACGAACAUUCCGAUGAAGCCAUGGCGAGCCCUAGUUUUUGGUCGAAUGAAGAGGCGACUGAGGAGACGUUUGUUGAUAUUUUGCAGGAACAAGAGGCUGUACCGCCGACAAUGGCAGAAUUGGAAGUGAGCGAGGAUAAUCCGUUCCCCUUCAAGAUCGCCGACGUAGUGUCAUUGGCUGAUGAGCAAAUGCAACAACAGUCCACCGCACAGCAGCCAAUACCCCCUCCCUUGACUCCUAUUGCUAAAUCAGCCUCAAAAGCUCAAUUGAUUGUGAAAGAAGCUAAGCUGACUCCAGAAGAACUGAAGAACCCACGCAAGGCCCAGAAAGCUAUGCAGAAGUUUAUUGAAGCGAUAAGCGAUUUGUACAAGUGUCCCCAUUACUAUUGCAUGUUUUCCACCAAUCACAAAGACUUCCUAGAGCGACAUUUGAAGGGCCACAGGACUGAUAAAGACGUGAUGGUGCCAUGCGUAUACUGCGACAUGAAGACACCCUGGGAACACGUACCUAACCAUAUCGACGUUCGACAUGCAAAUUCACGAUUUGCGUGCAACUAUUGCUUAUACAGGUCCGCGAUUAGAGAAUAUGUGUUUCUCCACCAGGAUGAAGAGCAUAGUAGCUCAAGGACUUACUCUGUGCUCGCUCUGCCCCCGCUUAAGACAGGAAAGAAGUUUGCCAUAGCUGAACAGAAGAUCAGUGCCAAGCUGCUCUGUAUGCCAUACAAAUGUCUACCGAAAUGUGUUCCAAAUUUGUUCCUGUUCCUUGACGAGUUUGUUCUGCAUAUCUCUAAAUAUCACCAUGUUGAUAUGCUGUGCCAGUGCCAGUACAGGGACUGCAGCUUACAGAUGAACUUCGCAGACAUACCAGGACAUUGGCGACACUACCAUCGUGUGGCUGAGCUUCAGUGCGGGUACUGUCGUACGAGUGAGUCAGUCCACCGCGUGAUGUAUACACAUUUGGCUAUUUCUCAUCAGAACCAACCACCAGACGUGUACGUUAGGUUGAGGUCGGGCACUCCGAAUCCUAUGGGACCAGGUUUCUUCGGCUACACCAACGAGGCAUUUAAGAUAUUGCGGCGCAGAAAAACAAUGCCCAAUCUGUACCCUGAACUGAUGAAGCCAUCUGAGCAAUUGAAAAAUAAUCAGCCAACAGCGAAUUCAAUCAAACUGGACCAAUCGUUGUUUGAACCUAAGUUACAGAUUUUCCCAAAAAGUGCCACGAGAAAUUUCUCAAAGCUCUCCAGCGGAGCAGGAAAUUUCUUUGUUAUGCCGAAGAUGUCCAGUAGUACAGUUAAAGAAGCAACACAAGCAGUCGCUCCUUGUCCAACUGCAGUAGUUUCACCACCAUUCAUUCAGUUAGUCCAAAUGACUUCGGUUGCGGCCACGAAUGUUAUAUCUGUCGGUCAACCGACGUUCACUUCGGUACUAUCAAAAGCCGGUACUGCUACCAGUGCCAGUACCGCUUCUACACCAGGAAUCGUCAAAGUUAUUUCAGCUAAUCUUUCGCCUGUCAUGGAAGCAACUGGCUCGAAACUACCUGCUAUUGCUCCGAAGCUCCAAGCAGUCACGUCUACAGCAGGGAGUGCCAAUUCACUGCAGUCAGCUUCAACCCAGGUUGGAACUGUCUUUGUCACACCAGUAGUCACCGCUUCAGGAACCAGUCUGAUCAGUCCUCAAGUCAUGGUUUCUUCCUUCCCGAGUAUUUCUGAUUCUGUCAGCUCGUCUGCUCAAAGCAGUUUGAGCAGUAGAACAACAGAAGAAGACGAAGAUGGAGGGGUUGCUCCAUUAGAGCAAGUUAUAUUAGGUACAACAGCAGAUGACACUAGUGGUGAUGCCAGUGCUCUAAGCGAAGAUGCCGCCGACCCCCUGUCAGUGAGCGUGGACCCUUUGGCCUCCGCCGGAGAUCCUUUGAAUACCUCUGCUGAUCCUUUGGAUAUUAAUGAGACAAGCGAGUCUGCGAUAGUACGGGACGGCUUCAGCUCGGAUGAUGAAGCGGAUGCAUCAUCUACGUCCAAAGAUAUGGCGAAUGAGAAAGAAGUUACAGGAUUGUUAGGUUACCAGCUAUAUCGCUGUGCGUUUUGUGACUUCUCCGCAUCGAACCAAGAUAGUUUCCGUAAUCACCAGAUCAGCUCGACAGAUUGCCGCGCGGUGACAGAGAUUGACAGCCCGUUCAUGGCGCAACUGCGACUGUUUGAAUGCGUUCAUUGCGGCAAACGGCUACGUACCGCCUCCAAGCUGACGGAGCACAUUAACGAUCACGGGAACCUGAAGUAUACAUGCGCUCUGUGUGACGAAAAGUCGGCGACGGUGCACAAAGCUAAGAUGCACAUGAAGAGCAGGCACAACGUCGCACAGACUCUGCUCAGUCAGGUACAAUUCGACAAAGAUGGCGUCUACGUUUUGAAACCAAAGCUGUUGAGUGCUAUCCCAUUGAUAGAGCAGCCAUCAGAUGCAUCAACUUUUACUCCCCAAAAAGAGGAAAUAACGUUCCUGCCUCAAGAUAUAGAUGUCAUUCCACAUCGUAGUAUAUUUAGCACAGAAGUGAGAUGUGGCGUGUGCUCGUAUAGUACCAAAGUACGCACCAACUUGUUGCGUCACUUGCAGUUCCACCAGCAAGAGAAAGAAGUUCCUACUACGGCACCGGUCAAUCCAGUGCCGUGUCUUGAGAAAAACGAGAAGAUGUUUGAUAAGAUGGUGAAUCUUGCUGGUAGUUCUCACGCAAAUAGUAGCAGGAUGGGCGGUGCUUCAGGAAAGUCAUCAGAGGUCAAAGCCGAAGAAGCUGUUCCUGAAUUCGUACCGUCUCAUCACCGAUACGCCUGCUGUGCAGAUGCUUGCAACUACAUCUGCCCGGAAGAAGGUAACCUCCGACACCAUAUAGAUGCGCUUCAUGCUGACGAAGCGGCGCUGAAAUGCCGCUGUACACACUGUGGAGUCGACCUCGGUGCAGGGGCUGACGCAGACGCCAUCCUCAGGCAUCUCAAAUUGCACGGCAGGCAAUUGUACAGGUGUUCCAGAUGUGACUUUGUACACAACCAACGGCAUAAGGUGGAAAGGCAUGUGGCAGAUGUGCACGCGGGCGAAAUUACGGCUAAAGUUGUUGUCGUUAGAAACAUGGAAUCUGAACCCGUCGACAGCGACACCAGCCAACCAUCUACAUCCAGCGCUGGUGCCGGAACCGCGACAUCGUCGAAACCGUCAAAACCAUGGCGACCUUGGCGUUGUUGUUUCUGCAAAUACCGCUGCCAAAACGAGGAUUCAAUGCGGCAGCACUGCAUGGAGAAACACGAUGUGGACUGUCAGUACAAGUGCGCGUUGUGUUCUUUCAAAACGAACGACAAAUCAGCCUUUCAACAGCAUUUCGCAGCCGACCAUGACAACAGGCCUAUUGAUACUGUAUGUGUUUACGUAUACUUGGAAGAUCAGCCUAAGGAACAGGAGCAGAAUCCUGAGUUUGACACGACGCCUUUGUGGCAGCGGGACAGGCCAAGGGUAAGACAUAUCCGCGGAAUUCUUUUCGACGAAUCAUCACCUCCAUCGUCCAAGAGUAAAAAGGGAUCGAAAACCUCUUCGGCACCCGUAACGCCAGAUACUAGUCAACCAGGUCCCAGCACUUCGCGUUGUUCUACGCCUCUAUCUAAGGGCUUAACUACGCCUAGUAAGACGUCAAAAUCACCAACAAAACCAUGCAAAUCUAUCAGCAGGCAACAAUCUUUGACCGAGCAGGAAACGACUAGGACUAAUUUGGAUUCUUCGAUUGAUGCAGUUGUUGCUGCAGCGUCUGCAAAAAGUACUAGUGAUGCUUCUAGCAGACUCUCGGAUAAGGUGACUGACAUUAUAGAAAAAUGCACGAAUGAGAUUGCUAAAGAAAGAGAUGAUGAAACAAAGUUCGUUCUCGCAAAAAUAUCAGAGGAGCAGAAAGAUACCAGUGUUAUCGUGAUUCAUGACGAGGACUAUGAACCGACUGCGAAGACCGAUGCUCCAGCAUCAACGUUCAUUUCGAUCAAAAAUGAAGAGGACUUGAUCGAUUCGAAUUUUGUCGCGCGGAGACCGAUCAAGAGAAGAGCUUCCCAAUCGCUUGAAACUGAUUCUUCGAAGAUGUCUAAAUCGGACGUUAUAGAUUUAGUAAGCUGCGAAGACGACGACUUUUCCGACAAGAGUCUUAAAGAAACCUUCGGAGAGUUCGGAUUACCCCUCCACAAGCAGCUCAAAUGUCCAGUGUGUGGCAAGUUCAAAUCCAAGAGGAUAUCAGACUUUAUCUUCCACAUGUAUAAGGAGAAAAAGAUUUAUAGGUUCAAGUGUUUGGUAUGUGGCGAUGAAAGCAUCACCUAUCGUUACAUGUACAAGCACGUAUUGGAGCACACAAAGAGCAUUGAAGGGGUAGACGAGAAGAUAUCUCCACUACCGUCAAAUCCGAGAAUGGAAGCGUGGCUACAGUUGCUCAUUAAUUAUCAGACCUCCAUAAUUUGCAAAUACUUGCAGCAGGUGCAGUGUGCGCAGAGUAUGCUUCACAAGAUCGCUAAGUGUCAAACGUGUGAGAAAUGGUUUAAAUCGGAAGCAGAGCGGAAUGAACAUACCAUGUUCCAUUGGAGCUUGUUGCCGUAUAAGUGUGAUAUGUGUCAGUACUCAUCUUACAGCAAAAACUACGUGGAGAAACAUUUAGAGACGGUUCAUAGAAGUUCAUCUGAUAACGUGAUCCGAUGUGCACCGACUAUCAGCCUGGACCUACAGUACAAUGAUGGUUUGCACAUGGAUGAAGUAAAGGCGAACGAAAAGUCUCAUGUGAUCGUCUUGGAUUCACCUAAACCACUUCUCAAGACAGAGAGCCGUGAUGUUCUUCCAAAGGACACUGCUCCGAAAGACCUGGAUCUCAAUUCUGUCUCUACCGAGACAGUUGACAAAUGGAUUCAGCAGCUACAAGAAGUGGUCCAAAGUAAAGGGGCGGAAAAUACUAGUGCUUCUGAAAGUACCCAAUUUGGAGUUCAAAACCGGGAGGAAGAACAACCAAAAGAAGUUUCGGUGAUCAGAAACAAUAGUCAAAUGGAGCUGAUUAUUGAUCCGGACAAAUUUAAGGCUAUUCUUUUUGGUGUUGCAGGCUCUCUUUGACACCGCGCCAAUUGGUGAAUCCGACCUCACCGAUCCGUUGGAGAUAGACGAACCUGCUCCCACCCCCGCCGACCUGAUGGCUGUCAGCAAAACGUCGGAAGCGGUAGUACCUAUCAUCGGUGACGCGUACUGUUGCGAGACGUGCGUGUUCAUGUCGGAUUCGGAAACGGUCACCGAACAGCACAUCCGAGACGUGCACUUUGGUCACGGCAAGCUUAAGGUUUUGAACACGUUGAAAUGCGAAGAGAACAGCAACGAUUACGUGGCGUGCCAGUGGUGCGACGAAGCGGGCGACGAGAUACGGAUCAGGAAGCAUUUCAUGCAAGCACAUCCAGGAAGGAAGUUUAAUAUUUAUAGAUUCAGUUGUGCGUACUGUCCUCGCAAGUUCCUUCAAAUGGCCGGCCUAAAGAUGCACAGUCAGCGAGUCCACAUGCAGUACCCGAUACGUUACGAAUCUGUAAAGGAGAAGCUGGUUGGUUGGGACUUCAACCUUUCUGCUGCCACGAAACGUUUACGACACGUCACAUAUCCUAAGCAGACGAAACGGUACCAGUGCCCGAUGUGCAGUUAUUGCCGGGUAUGCGGACCGGAGUUCCUGAACAAUGUGCGGUCUCACCUACGCACGCAUUUCAAGCUGUUCAAGUGCGUUAUGUGUGACGAAAUUUUCUCGAGACGAGCGGAGGCCAGCGAACACCAACGUAAGUUUCAUCCGCAAAUGCCCGAAAGCAUAAAGACAGAAGUAAGCGAGGCCAUGCACGAGGUAUGGCAGAGCGUGGUGAGCACGGCGGAAGUGGUGGACAUCUCUCUACCGGCAACGACGACGUCCAGUCCGGCUCCCGCAGACGCGGGCCUCCAGGAGGAAGACUCUUCAUCGGCCUCGUCGAGCACGUUCGGUCGGAACGUUGCCAAAAAGUCCACAUCGACGCCGCACCAGCGGUCAGAAGCCGAAGUGGAACCGCCUGCUGUGGAGAUGGAUCCGUACAGUUAUUAUGGCACGGAGGAGGAGCCGUUGUUCUUACACAAUAUCAAGACCAAGGUUGAACUUAACGGAGUUUAUAUGGACAUUUCCGCUGAUAAGCUUGCUCGUAUAUUUGACCUUGGCGCUUGCGUUCUUGUGGAGGAUUGUAAACACUUGUUACCAGCCGAUCAGAUCUCUUGACCAUCACAUCACGAGGAAUUGGAGAUGCUCGACUUUAAUUUAGAUGAGCUGAGUGCGGAAAGUUUUGAUCUGGAAAAGAUCAUACCUUCUAUGGACGACUUAUUUAGCGAUGAUGAUAUUGCAGGUUCGAACUACUUGGGGUAGGAGCAUUUUUUCAAUUUUCUUGUCUUUUUUGUUUGGUUGAUCGACGCCAUAUCGGACAGCUUUAAAUGGUUUCGAAGUAAGAACCUUGUACUUUACCAAAAAUUUAGAUAAAUGACUUAAGUUUAAAUUUAUAUAUUUAGGAAUUUUCCAGAUACUUCAGAUAGCAUUAGCUUUAAUACCGUAAGGACGGUGUUGGUAUGUUGACUGUUGGUUGAAGAAAUCACGGAAUUAUAGUUGCGUUACGAAUAAAAAUACAAGGUUUUCAUGAUGCCUUCGCUAAGCAACACCUAGAAAAAGUAAAAUGAAUAUGAAUUUCCAAGUAUAAAAAAAACAUACUUUUAUUUUUAUACUUGUGUUUUUUCUAGACAACAUUUUACCAACACUGUCAUGAGACACUUCCUAUUAUUUGCUAAAGUUUACUUUUCUUAAAUACUGAUUUGUAUUCGUCUUGCAACAGCAUCUCUAAUAUAAUUUUCAUAGCUACCUCAAAUAAAUAAAGCAGAUAUCCACAGUGGUGUGUAUGCUUUUUGAUAAAACAAAACAACUGCAUACACUAAGCUGUUAAGAAUAAAAAUAUUUUUGUUGUAGAAUGUUAAUACGUGUUAAAUAUAGAGUAACUUUGUAUCUCGACAUUUUUUUUUCACUUACUUUAUCCGUAUCAAUAAUGUUAACAUUUGGUGAGCUGAAUACCAGCUUUUUUGAUACAUGUUAGUUUUUACGAAUAUUUCCAUUGAGCUGUGAGUAUGUAAAUAUUGUAAUUAUAUAGGUUAUGCAGGAAGUGCUUAAAUUAAAAGCGCCAACCCAGUUACUGUAUAUAAUUUUUAUGGAGAUAAUCCCUUUUCCCUUUUCGGUGGAAAUGUAAAUAAAUAUUUUUUUCUAA